CGGUGGUAGCUACGUUAGCCUUCAUCACGUCCGCCUGGGUUGCACAGAUUCUUUUUUGCUCAUCCGGUGACCAUUUAUCGAGAUUCCUUGAAAUGUCAUCAGAACUUUGCCCACCAUAUGCGCCAUUUUUCGGCUUUGCAGGUGUUGCCUCAGCUAUGAUUUUCAGCACGGUUGGUGCUGCGUUCGGAACAGCAAAGGCUGGAGUUGGUAUUGCAGGCCUGGGGACGUUCAAGCCUGAGCUGAUCAUGAAGUCACUGGUACCUGUGGUCAUGGCAGGAAUUAUUGCAGUGUAUGGGCUAGUGGUGUCGGUUCUCAUCGCAGGAAAUUUGUCCCCAUCGAACUACUCCCUAGCCGCGGGAUUCAUUCAUCUGGGAGCAGGCGUUUCUUGUGGAAUGACAGGCAUUGCUGCGGGCUAUGCUAUUGGUCUCGUCGGCGACUCGUGCGUCCGGGCAUAUGUACACGAGCAACGAGUAUUCGUGGCCAUGAUUCUCAUCCUGAUCUUUGCGGAGGUUCUGGGGCUUUACGGUCUCAUCGUUGCACUGUUGAUGAACACGAGGGUCUCUGGCCUUGCGAGUUGCGAAUGAUCACCCGUGCUUCAUUACAUACAUUUUGUGCUCUACAUAAAUACAGACUCCGAGUAGGAUCACAGACCACUUAUGGCUUGAACAACUCAGUGGAUGGUCAUUUUCACUCUCUGGAUCUACUGCGAGAUGAAGACUCUGAGCGAACUGAAGAUGAACCUCGCUGCUUUGGUCGCUUCCUACUGCGUUCUCUGGAAACUGAACGUGAGGCUUCUGAACUUGACGCAGAGCUGGCAGAUGAGCUAGACCCUGAAUCUGAUUCCGAGUCUGAACUAUCUGAGGAAGAGGACCUUGAAGACCUGUUUACAAUGGAUGAUCAGCUCACGC